CGGGACAGGCAAAUAUUGACCCAACCCACAAACAGGAGACUAGUCUCAAGACAGCAAGGCCAGUCUCUGUGAGUUUUCGAAUUUCCGACCAAGCCCCACGCCGCCGCGAUCUCCGACUCUGUGAUCCUCUGCUCCGUGUCUACAGACCCAAUGGAUGCGUCCCCGAUCUAUCGGCUUCCACAGGACACUCUCCAUUACAUCUUCUCAACUCUUCCACUCCGUCAGAUCAUUAUCUGUCGAUCUGUCUGCAAAUUCUUCUACCAAACCCUGACCGCGCCGGCCUUCAUGGAACUUAUCUCCACCCAACCACCUCUCAACCUGAUCGCCCUCCGUCCACCUCACCAUCAUCACCACCACCACCACAACCGUGACGUGUCGUCUCAUAACGCCCUCCACGUGUUUGACCCCAGCUCCAAUCAGUGGGUCAGAUUCCCCCUUAGUUUCCUUCCCUUUCGCUCGCCGACGCCGGUGGCGUCGUCUCUCGGACUCGUCUAUCUUUGGGCCGAUUCGCUCAACUCGCUCGAGUCCAACAAGUCGCUCAUAGUCUGCAAUCCUUUGACUCGGUCCUUCCAAGUCCUACCCCAGCUGGGCUCGGCCUGGUCGCGCCAUGGUUCGGUCCUGGUCGGUUCACCCAACCGAGUGUUGGUCCUCACCGAACUGGCCACGCUUUACUUCUCCGGCUCAGACCAGUGGCUCAAAUUCUCAUCGAAUUUGCCGUCUAAGCCUCGAAGUCCAAUUCUUGUGUCGGACUCGGUUUUAGCUCUCUGCGAUGUUGGGUCGCCGUGGAGGAGUCAGUGGAAGCUAUUCGCAUGUACCCUCAAUCAUCUACAGAAGUCGCAGCCAUGGACUCGCCUGGAUAGGCACGAAUGGGGCGAUGUUUUCGACAUUUUGAGACGGCCCCGUUUGGUGAAAGGGCUUGGGAACCAAAUUCUAAUGGUUGGUGGAUUGAAAUCGUCGUUUUCAUUGAAUGCUGUGUGUUCUACAAUUUUGAUUUUAAGGUUGGAUUUGGACUCACUGGAGUGGGACGAGUUGGGUCGAAUGCCCCCGGAAAUGUUUAGAUGUUUUCAGGAGUCCAGCAAAUUUAAGGUGUUUGGUGCGGGGAAUAGAGUUUGUUUUUCAGCGAAAAGGGUUGGGAGGUUGGCAUUGUGGGAUUAUUCCACAGAGACGGGGAAGGGAGAUUGGAGGUGGAUCAAUGGGGUGCCUGGAAAUGGAGAUGGCUUGUUUCGGGGUUUUGUGUUCCAGGCUAGGCUCACUGCAUUGCCUUGAUCGAAUGAAGGACAACAUGAUAGCACAGAUGCUCAAGUGGUGAAACAAGCAGUGUUGCAAGCUAUCAAGAACUGGAGUGAAAGCAGUGAGCAAGAAUAGGCCAUCAUCUUAAUUCUCUUGCCUUUGAUUUCUUCUUUCUUUUGUCUUUCCCUAAUCUUUUGUGGUAGUGUAUCAAAUUAAUUAUCUAAUGAAGGGGAGUCUUAAAUUCUAUUUAAAAGUGUGGCCACCAUGGUACAUUAAUUGUAAUAUAUAAUUUUUUUCAAUGGAAGUGUUAAUAGUACUA